AGCCAGCGCGACGCUUUCGCUUUCAGAGCCCCGGCACGUUCCCCCGGGGUGGCGGGGCCGGGCGCGGGGCCGCGAUGGCGGAGCCGGGGGCGCCCAUGCGGCUCAAGGAGUGGCUGAUCGCGCAGAUCGACAGCGGCCGGUACCCGGGGCUGCGCUGGGAGAACCGGCACCGGACGCUCUUCCGCAUCCCCUGGAAGCACGCGGCCAAGCAGGACUACCGGCAGCAGCAGGACGCCGCGCUCUUCAAGGCUUGGGCCAUCUACAAGGGGAAGUACCACGAGGGGACGGACAAGGCUGACCCCUCCACCUGGAAGACGCGUCUCCGCUGCGCCCUCAACAAGAGCACCGACUUCCAGGAGGUGCCCGAGCGGAGCCAGCUGGACAUCUCCGAGCCCUAUAAGGUGUACCAGAUUGUGUCCGAUGACGCCUGGGAUGCAGAGAAGGAUGGUGACAUGCAGUCCCCGGACAGCAAAGAUCAGCAGGGCAGCACUGCGGGGAGUCUGGAGGAGGCAAACCAGAAGGGCACAAUGGAGACAUGCCACGAGUCUCCACUGCCCCUGCUCUCUGCGCAGCUGGCCAAGCGAGCCCCACGUCUCAUCCCUUGUGCAGGCAGUGCCCAUGGUGAUGGAGAUGGGCUGGGGACUCCCUCCCUGCUCCAGCAGACCCACUUGAUCAUGCACUUAGGGGCUUUAAUGAGGCCCAGUAACAAGCAGCAGUGGUGGGAAGGACCCUGCUGUCUGCCUGACUCCAGGGGCUGGGUCCAGGACAGCACCCGGGAGCCCUUGGGGACAGCUGCCCAUGUCCCUUUACCACCUCAUCUCUGCCCUGGCUCAGCGUACCAUGUGAGGGGAGUCUUCUAUGGCUGGAACCCAACCCACGGCCACCUCCUCCCCAGACCCCCGUCCUACCUCCCCGUAGAAGACAUCAACCACUCAGACUGCUGGCUCCACGUCCGCCUGUACUACUGUGACGUGUUGGUGAAGGAGGUCACCACCCGCACGGCCGAGGGCUGCCGCAUCACCUCCCGCGCCGUGCCAGCUGACAGCGAACGCCUCUACGGCCCCUCCUGCAUGGAGCAGAUCGAGUUCCCCCCACCGCGAGUGCUCGGCGGCAGCGGACGGCUGGCCGGCAUGACUGACGUGCUGGAGCGGCUCCUGCCCCACCUGGACCGCGGUGUGCUGCUGUGGGUAGCGCCCGAGGGGGUCUUCAUGAAGCGCCAGUGCCAGGGUAGGGUGUACUGGAACGGGCCACUGGCCCCGCACAGGGACUGGCCCAACAAGCUGGAGAGAGAGAAGACCUACAAGCUGCUGGACACGCAGCAGUUCCUGCAGCAGCUGCGGGGGUACCUGAGCCACGGGCAGCCCACGCCACAGUACCAGAUCCACCUGUGCUUCGGGGAGGAGUACCCCACCAGCGCUGGGCACCACUUCCAGAAGCUUAUCAUGGCCCACGUGGAGCCGGUGUUUGCGCGGGAGCUCUUCCAUCACGCCCAGUGCAUAGGGCCAGCACUGCUCCGUGACUCCCCCCAACCCUGCACCCCCGGUGCCUCCAGCCACAUUAUCCACGUCCUCAAACAGCUCUGCCAGCCCUGAGCCCGAGUGAGUGGGACAGAAGAGCCCAGUUGCGACAAAGCCUCGGAGCGGGAUGCUCUGCUGCCCCUCGGCCACGCUCCGGUGACGUUCCCCGAGCCGCUGUGCAUGGGGCACUCAGCACUGCAGGGCCGUGCAGGCGGGCACUGCCCAGGACGAGGACGGCUGCCACCCCCGCACAGAUCGUGGUAUUUAUUCCCCAGGAGCCACCGGGUGGGAUUUCCUGUGUGCUUGUUUGGUGAGCCGGGGCAGUCAGCUCCAUCCUUGUACCUUGCACGGCAAGGAUUCGUUGUUUAUAAACCUUAGAAAUAAAGGUUGUGUUUUGGUA